AUGUCCCAGUACUUGUCUUGCCACUUCCGUAAGACCAAAAUCGGGUGUCUGUAUCUCAGAGACGAUGAUGUUACCGAAGGCAACUGCGCGAACGAGCUGCUGAAAAACGCCAGAGAGAAAGUAGAGGAAUAUUUUGUAGCCCCACCAGAAGCAGAGCACUUGCAAGACCAUUUACAGAAGGAAAGUGUGAAANNNGCUACUCAGGCCUUGGAGAAAUACAACAUCGAGAAGGACAUCGCUGCGCACAUAAAGAAGGAGUUUGACAAGAAAUACAAUCCCACUUGGCACUGCAUCGUGGGAAGGAACUUUGGCAGCUACGUGACUCACGAGACCAAGCACUUCAUCUACUUCUACCUCGGCCAAGUCGCUAUUCUUCUUUUCAAGUCUGGUUAGAACCCUGGACUGUUACUGACACUCGCGCCUGGUUAUAGGACUGCACACUAACUCCAAACAGCCUCCUACCGUCAGCCUUCCUGAGGAAACGGACCUUGAUCUUCAGGUCUUUUGUUGUAUUGUUAAUGGUCAGGGAUUUUGCUGUAGCAGCUGGUAUUUUAAUUGUCGCUAUAAAAAAGGUAAAAGUGUCUUCCUUGUAUUUAUUUUCUUUUAAAAGAUUGCUUCUUUGCUAAUAAAAUUGUUGGAACAAGUUUA